AUGUACGGUCGAGAAAUCAGGUCGCGUUUAGAUCUUAUAAAACCAUCUCCGAUCAUUCAGAAGAAUAAUUGGGAAACCUCACGUUCGUUCGAGGUAAAUGACAGAAUCGCUUAUCAGAACUAUAUUCAGAAAGAUUCCAAAUGGCAAUUUGGAAGAAUAAAACAAGUUCUAGGGAAAUUACACUAUUUAAUUGAGACUGAUGAAGGAAAUACUUUCAAAAGACACACUAAUCAAAUUCGUAAAAUUGGCGAUGCAAUCCCCAAGCAAUUUAAUCCAAAUAUGCAAAUUACUCUACCAUCAUUUUCAGACGGAACUUUAACUAACACUAAUAAUGAAUCAAAUACAGAUAUUUCGAAUCCUGUCGAUACUUCAUUUACUAACAAUGUACCGAUUUGUGAAGAAGUUAAAGACACUUCCAAAUCAGACCAAAAUAUUGAUCCUUCACACUUAGCAAAGGCUCACGAAUCAAAUGUGCCAUUACGUAGAUCACAACGUACCAGGAAAAUUCCUGAUCGACUCGACUUAUAA